AUGGCCUUCCCAAUAGACCUUUCGAAGUUUAAAAAAUUCAAGCUUGACCCAAACAUUGCCAAACUAGGGUCUGAGCAAAAAACGCAACUCCUUGCCAACAUUCAGUUGUUGCGCGACGCCAUCGUGCUGUUCACCGCCUCUGGAGCAGCUCGCGGUGUCAGUGGUCAUACCGGAGGAGCCUAUGAUACUGUACCCGAAGUAUGCAUCCUGCUUGCCCUUUUUGAGGGCAGCCCAGAGAAAUACGUGCCUAUCAUAUUUGACGAAGCUGGCCAUCGAGUUGCCACACAAUAUAUGCUUGCUGCUCUGGAAGGUCACCUUCCUGCUGAGCAUCUCCUCAAUUACCGCAAAGCAAACUCAAAAUUGCCCGGCCAUCCUGAGCUGGGCCUCACACCGGGAGUGAAAUUCUCAUCUGGUAGAUUAGGGCAUAUGUGGCCGCUGGUCAAUGGUGUAGCUUUCGCGAACCGUGACAAAGCUGUCUUUUGUCUUGGCUCAGAUGGCUCCCAGCAAGAGGGAAACGAUGCGGAAGCAGCAAGACUAGCGGUCGCAAAGAACCUUAAUGUCAAGCUCCUCAUUGACGACAACGACGUCACCAUUGCCGGCCACCCGUCAGAAUAUCUCAAGGGCUUUAAAGUGGAAAGUACACUUGCUGGGCAUGGUCUCAAAGUCGUCACCGCCGACGGCGAAGAUAUCGAUGACCUUUGGGAGGCCAUACGGACGGUGGUGUUGCAUAAUGGCCCUGCUGCAGUGGUCUCGAAGCGUGUUAUGGCUCCUGGGAUUGAAGAUAUCCAAGGUCAAAUCAAGGCCCAUGAUGUUAUUCCGGCCAAAUCUGCCGUCAAAUACCUUCAGGCGCGAGGCUACCCCGACUUCACUAGUCUCUACGAGGGCAUGAAAGCGGAGGAUCAUGCCUAUCUUCAUAUUGGUUCCACGAAAGAGCGCGACGCCAAUCGUGUUAAGUUCGGAGAGGCUGUAAACCUCGUUUUGGAUGGCAUGAGCAAAAAGGAGGCACAAGACAAGGUUAUGGUUAUUGAUAGUGACCUUGAGGGCUCGACUGGCUUGAAGGCUAUCCAUGAGAAGCACCCCGAAGUCUUUGUUUCCUCUGGCAUAAUGGAACGAGGCAAUUUCUCCGCCGCCGCCGGCUUCGGCUUCGACCCUGACAAAUUUGGGGUCUUUUCGACCUUUAGCGCAUUCCUCGAGAUGGUCGUUUCUGAGAUGACGAUGGCGAGAUUGAACAAUUGCAAUGUGCUUUGCCAUUUCUCCCAUUCCGGUGUCGAUGAGAUUGCCGAUAACACCUGCCAUUUUGGUAUCAACAACUUUUUCGCGGACAAUGGUCUUUCGGACACCAACACUUCCCUUUACUUCCCUGCCGACCCGCUUCAAAUGGUCGCUGUCGUCCAACGCGUGUUUUUCGAGCGUGGAUUACGAGUCGUAUUUUCAACACGCUCCAAGCUUCCGUUCAUCCUUUCCUCUGACGGGAAAUCACGGUUCUUCGAUCCCAAUAGCGGAUACGAGUUCGUACCCGGCAAAGACGAGAUUAUUGUGGAGGGCAAGGACGGAUAUGUUGUCUCUUUCGGCGACAUGCUUUACCGGUCCUGGGACGCCGUCCUGCGGUGUCGCGAAACCGGCUUGGAUGUCGGGCUGGUCAAUAAACCCACGCUGAAUCUUGUCGAUGAAGAAACGUUGCGCAAGAUUGGGAGUACUGGGUUCGUGUUGGUGGUCGAGUCGCUCAACCAGAAGACUGGGCUUGGCUCUAAAAUGGGCACUUGGCUGCUGGAGAGGCAGUUGAAGCCCAGGUACGGGUAUAUGGGCACCACACGCGAGGGCGCGGGUGGGCUUUGGGAGCAGAUUCCGCAUCAAGGGCUUGACCCACAAGCCAUUGUUCUGAAGAUAAAACAACUUUCGCAGUAG